AGUCUGAGAAGCUCCUCUCCAGGAGUGAUGGCCUUGUCACUGUCACAGGGUGUAAUGGUUGGGUCUCCCUGGUCAGUGGACAGACCCUGGAGAUGGCAUCUCUACACUAAAGGUGGCUCAGAAGGAUUUCAGCUGCAGCCCCAGGCACCCGAUGAGUGAGUCCCCCCUGCCACUGGCUGCUCCCUGGGGACUUCCUGGGGUUGGGCCCAACUCUGGAGUGCACAGGGAAGCUGCGCCCCUCCCCCCAGACAGUGUCCCACUGCUCUGAAAGCCAGCAGUAGGUGUGAGCACUGGGAAAUGCCUCUGAGCAUGGUCCCUCACAAUUCAUGGUGAAGGAAAGAGAACUCCCAGAGAAGAUUCAAAGGGUAUGAUCCCAUCGGGGUGGGGGACAGGAUGGGGGGCAGGGGGUUAUGUGCCCAGCACUCAGAGCCACAAACGGGCCAUCUUCAGGAGGGGAAGGUAAACGCUGUGGCACCUGCUUUGUGACAGGCAUUCCACUCCUCCCUCCCUGCAACUCUGGAGCUUAUGUCCUGUGGGUUCCCAGCCCCAUCCCUUUCUCUCCCCUUUCUUGACACUGAGGUCUGACUGCACCUGUGACAUCUCAUACUCCUCUUUCCUGAGAACUACUCUAGCUGGAUGGGACCUGUUGCUGUCCACUCUUGGUGCCUUCUCCUUGAAAUCUAGAGAGACUGACCGUGACUUGGUUUCUCAUGGACCCUGGGUGCAACUGGAUGUAGAAACCCAGGCCCAGAGAAGGCUGGCCACCUAAGGAGUCUUGAGUCCGAGAGCAGCUUCCCAGGAUGGUCUUCUCUGCUCAGCCCAGCAGUGUUGGUCACAGGAUGUGCAGAGGCAGGUCUCACCCCUGAGUGUAAAUGGAGUGGUAAAGUGUCAUCGUGUGCAGGCGUGUGCUGGUGUGGACACCUCUGUGUGCACAGCGGUACAGAGAGACAUCGGUGGGGCAGGGAAGCAUUGCUGAGUAGUGAUAUUUUCUGCAGGGCAGGACUGGAAGUUUCCACUGGCGGGUGCCAGUGUGUGAAACAGCAGGACAAAGGGCAGGGAAGUGGUGCGGAAAGUGAGGACUCUAUGCCAGAGGGCCUGGAGGCUGGUCUCCCAACCCCCACCCUCUGUGUUCUUAAAUCCUCCUGUCUGAUCACUGCCACACUCUCCUUACACCCCAGCACCUGUGUGUGUGUCCACCCCCAAGCCAUGUGGCUGUACCUGGCGGCCCUCGUGGGCCUGUACUACCUGCUGCGCUGGUACCGGGAGAGGCAGGUGGUGAGCCACCUCCGAGACAAGUACGUCUUCAUCACGGGCUGCGACUCCGGCUUUGGGAACCUGCUGGCCAGACAGCUGGACACCAGAGGCUUGAGGGUGCUGGCUGGGUGUCUGACGGAGAAGGGGGCCGAGCAGCUGAGGGCCCGCACGUCAGACAGGCUGAAGACAGUGAGCCUGGACGUCACCAAGACAGAGAGUGUCACUGCAGCUGCCCAGUGGGUGAAGGAGUGUGUGGGAGACAGAGGACUCUGGGGCCUGGUGAAUAACGCUGGCAUCUCCCAGUCCGCCAGCCCUAACGAGUGGCUGACGAAGCAGGACUUUGUGACCAUAUUGGACAUGAACCUGCUGGGGGUGAUCGAGGUGACUCUGAGCCUGCUGCCCUUAGUGAGGAAAGCCAGGGGCCGCCUGGUCAAUGUCUCCAGCGUCAUGGGCCGGUUGUCACUUUCUGGUGGUGGCUACUGUAUCUCCAAGUACGGCGUCGAGGCCUUCUCAGACUCCCUCAGCUUUAAAGGCCCCUUGAUCAAGAUUCUUCUGUCAGGCUCUGUGGCCCGGCACUUCCCUGGAUUUAGCCAGCCAUGCCUUGGGACCUCCUCUCCACGUUCUGGUAGACAGAUGGGUCUGGAGCCUAAGAGCCCAUAUAACGUGGGUCUGAUUCCUUUGAGAAGGGACCAUAGACAGGACAUUUCUGAAACAGAUACGAACAGAGAUACUGCAGAGCCCAUGCCCAUGGCCAAUAUGACAUUGGGCUACACGGGCCCUUGAGGAUGGUUUUAGCCUCUGACUCAGUUCCAAGAACAGCAGGGGACAGUAGUGGGAGCAUGAAAUCAGCAUACCUUAGGACAACAGGCUUUGGUCCUUGACCUAGAAACCUGGAUAUCUGGGAGGCAGAGGGAGAAGAGAUACAAACACAUCAUCACCAACACUUAUAGGGGUUGUGACCAAGUAGGACAUGCUGACUGGGGGCCCCCCGUAUUUGUGGAGCAUCUCGGAUGUUUGGUGAGAGCUGAGACCUGGAGAGCUGCACCUGGCAGCCUGUGAAAGAGGGUGGGCAGGGUUCCUGCAUGAGAGGAUGUCAUCAACCCAGGCCCACGGUGAGUGGGCACUGACCUCAGUGUGACAGGGUCCUCCUGGGCCAAAGUAAAAGCCCAAGUCUGGCACAGGGAGAUGGACAGGUGGAUGCAGGUGGGUCGUGGAAGCCUUUGAUCCUGCACAUGGGCCAGAAAUCAUGCUCUUGGCUUGAAAUCGAUGGCAGGGUGUGCUCAGCGUGGCUGGUUGGUCUAUUGGUCAUCCAAACUCCCUCUGGGUGCAGGAAGCAGAGCGGUGUGUGGGGAGGUGAGACUGAAGGCCGAGGGACGCUCCUCAGAAGACAGCUGCAGUAGCCCUGCUGAGACAGGCCCAGGGAGUUUCCUGGGGCAGGAGCGGGAGGAAGGGUCUGAGGAGCAUGGAGGGUAUAAUGGGGGAAUUGUGAUGACAGGAUGUGACGGGCAUAGGGUGUAACCCUGCAGUGGUGCCUUGCAGUGGAAUACAGGGGCUUCCUGGGUGAUGUGUAAAAUAUGUCAACCCUUCACACAGGCAAAGAUAAUCUUUUUUUUUCUGGGAAAGAUGAUCAUUCCCUUGCCCAGGCUAGAAGGCCUUAGCAUCAUCCUAGCUCACAAUAAUCUCAAACUACAGAGUUCAAAUGAUCUCCCUUGCCUGAGCCUCUCAGUAGCUAGAACUACAGGUCCCCACCACAACACCUCCCCAAACUUCCUGUUUUAGUACAGAUGUGGGGGGAGGGGGCAUCUCGCAUUUAUUCAGGCUGGUCUUGAACUCCUGACCUCAAGGGAUCCUUCUGUCUGUCUCUCCUUUCAGAGUGCUAAGAUUAUAGAUUGAGCAUCCAUGCCCUGGCCAUGGUCUUAAAUUUCGCCACUGCCAGGAUUUCUGACUUAUCCCAACACCAUCUUGACUUGGCUUGUUAGUGGGUUUGUUUGUUUCUCUGUUUUGCUUCCCAGACCUCUGAAGUCCCGGCCCUCAGCAUGUCUGUCUUGCAGGCGGGAGCUUGCCCACUUUGGGGUGAAAGUGGCUGUGAUCGAGCCCGGUUACUUUAAGACAGGCAUGACUAAUACUGAGAGAGUUCUGCAGAUGGCCCAGAAGA